AUGGCGAAUACAAAUAACGUGACUGAGUUAAUUAUCGUCGGUCUUUUCCAGGAUCCAGAGGGGCAGAGAGUGUGCUUUGUGGUGUUUCUUCUCAUGUACCUGGCCACAGUGGUGGGCAAUGGCCUCAUUGUGCUGACAGUCAAUGUCAUCAAUGUCAGUAAGAGUCUGCAUUCCCCCAUGUACUUCUUCCUUAGCUACCUGUCCCUGGUGGAGAUCACUUACUCCUCUACUGUUGUCCCUAAGUUCAUCACAGACUUACUUGCCAAGAUUAAAACCAUUUCCCUGGAGGGCUGUGUGGCUCAGAUAUUCUUCUUCCAUUUCUUUGGGGUCACUGAGAUCUUCCUGCUCACGGUAAUGGCCUAUGACCGCUAUGUGGCCAUCUGCAAACCCCUUCACUAUACAACCAUCAUGAACCGGUCUAUGUGUCACCUUCUGGUGUCUGGCUCCUGGCUCGGGGGCUUUUUUCAUUCCAUGGUUCAGAUUAUUAUCACUCUCCAGUUGUCUUUCUGUGGUCCCAAUGUGAUUGACCACUACUUUUGUGACCUCCAUCCCUUAUUCAAGCUUGCCUGCACUGACACGUCUGUGGAGGGGGUUAUUGUGUUAGCCAACAGUGGAUUAUUUUCUAUCUUCUCCUUCCUCCUCCUGGUGUCCUCCUAUAUUGUCAUCCUGUUCAACUUGAGGAAUCAUUCUGCAGAGGGGAGGCGCAAAGCCCUCUCCACCUGUGCCUCUCACAUCAUGGUGGUUCUCUUGUUCUUUGGACCUGCCAUCUUCCUCUACAUGCGGCCUCCAUCCACGUUCACUGAGGACAAACUGGUGGCCGUGUUCUACACGGUUGUCACCCCCAUGCUGAACCCCAUUAUCUAUACACUCAGAAACGCAGAGGUGAAAAAUGCCAUGAGGAAGUUGUGGGGGAAGAAAGUGAACUCAGGGAUGGAAUAA